UUGAUGCAAAUGUCAAAAUACAACCUAACCUCACUUUUACGUUUGAACUCUUAAACCAGAUCUUAAACACCAUCGUUAGCAUCAAGAAUGUCGAAAAUAUUUACACCAACAAACCAAAUACGUUUAACAAACGUUGCCGUUGUGCGUAUGAAAAAGGGAGGAAAACGAUUUGAAAUUGCGUGUUAUAAAAACAAAGCUAUAUCAUGGAGAAAUAACAUUGAAAAGGAUAUUGAUGAAGUUCUUCAAACUCACACGGUAUUCCUGAAUGUAUCAAAGGGACAAGUAGCUAAAAAAGAGGAUCUUUUAAGCGCUUUUGGAAUGGAUAAUGCAACAGAAAUAUGCAAAUUAAUUCUUCAAAAAGGUGAACUCCAAGUAUCAGAUAAAGAGCGUCACAAUCAAUUAGACGCACUUUUUAAAGAUAUUGCCACUACUGUGGCCGAUAAAUGUUUAAAUCCGGAAUUAAAGCGUCCUUAUCCUGUUACCAUGAUUGAAAAGGCUAUGAAAGACAUUCAUUAUUCUGUUAAACCGAAUCAAAGUGCAAAACAACAAGCUUUGACCGUUAUAAAAAUGUUGAAGGAAACUAUUCCCAUUGAGAGGGCUCAAAUGAGGUUGAGAGUGAUUUUAAAGGGAAAAGAUACGAAAAAAUGGAAGGAUAAAAUAAUAAAAAUGGAGAAAGUUGAGGUUGAAAAUGAGGAUAGAACUGGAGAUGAAUUGUGUAUGAUAUUUUUGGUGGAUCCUGGUCUUUAUAGAAUAAUUGAUGAAAUGAUUCGUAAUGAAACUAAAGGAGCUGGAGUAUUGGAGAUCUUAUCUUAUAAAGAAAUGGUUUUGGGAGAUGAAUAUUUAUAAAUUUUGUGUAAAAUAAUUAUUUGUUAAAAGUCUUUAAUAAAGUUUGGUUGCUUAAUAAACAGGAAUGUUUCUUUA